AUGGCAGGACUGGAUUUGGGAACCAACUCCUACCUCCACCAUCACCAGCAGCUUCACCUCCGUCACGAUGACGGUGCCGGAGGAUCCGACGACGGCCAGGACGCGCUCUCGCCGGGCGGAGGGGGAGGGAGCGCAGCCGCAGGGGCUGGGAUAGGCGGCAGCGAGGUCGUGGGGCGCCGCCCACGCGGCCGGCCGCCCGGAUCCAAGAACAAGCCCAAGCCGCCAGUGAUCAUCACAAGGGAGAGCGCCAACGCGCUCAGGGCGCACAUCCUCGAGGUUGCCGCGGGGUGCGACGUCUUCGAGGCGCUUACCGCCUAUGCGCGUCGUCGGCAGCGCGGCGUCUGUGUACUAUCCGCGGCGGGGACCGUCACGAACGUGACUCUCCGGCAGCCACAGUCUGCCCAGAGUGGGCCAGCUUCGCCGGCGGUGGCCACACUCCACGGAAGGUUCGAGAUACUGUCCCUUGCCGGCUCUUUCCUCCCGCCUCCGGCGCCUCCAGGGGCCACCAGCCUCUCGGCCUUCCUAGCAGGAGGGCAGGGUCAGGUGGUCGGUGGGAGCGUUGCCGGUGCGCUCGUCGCGGCAGGGCCGGUGGUCGUCGUUGCCUCGUCGUUCAGCAACGUGGCGUACGAGAGACUGCCGCUGGAGGACGGCGACGAGGUGGUGCCUACACCGCCACCUGCGGGGAGCGACCAGGCCGGCGGUGGCAUGCCGUUCGGUGUUGAUCCGUCGGGGGGCUCGACAGGAGCUGGGCUCCAGUUCUUCAACCUGCCGAUGGGCAUGCCGCCAAUGCCCGUGGACGGGCACAACGGCUGGCCGGGCGCUGCCGGUGGCGUCGAGAGGCCGCCGUUCUCGUGA